AUGGCAUCCCAAAUCCAUCUCAUCCGCCACGCCGAAUCUGUCCACAAUGUCUCAAGAGACUUCUCCCAGCUCGACCCUUCCCUGACCUCGCUCGGCUUUGAACAAGCUGCAAAACUCGAUCAGUCAUUCCCUUACGCCGGACGCGUUGGCACUACUCUCACUGCAUUUCCCAGCAUCCUUGACAAACGGUACUUCGAUCCAAGUUCUGGAUACGGUGUCGAGAAUGGAGCAAGCCUUGUAAUUGACCCACUCUUGCAAGAGCGGAGUGCACUCGCCUGCGACACUGGUUCCGACCGAGCGAUAUUGGAAAAGGCUUUCCCGAGGCUAAAUUUCGAAGGCUUGGGCAAGGGUUGGCCAUCGAAGGACGGUAUAUUCGCUGCAGACGACGAAGUAGUGCACGAGCGGGCUUAG